CGAACUAAACGCUACUGAUGACAGUCGAUGUCGAUUGUCGACAGCAGUUUUUCGCGAGGCGUUAUAAUUCUUACGUUUUAAGGCUAAAUUAUUGUGAUUAUUAGAAUUCAAAAUGUUAGCCUUGAUUAAUCGUAUCCUUGAUUGGUUCAAAAGCCUGUUCUGGAAAGAAGAGAUGGAGCUCACGCUGGUCGGCCUGCAGUACUCGGGGAAAACAACAUUUGUGAACGUCAUUGCGUCUGGCCAGUUCAGUGAAGAUAUGAUCCCUACCGUCGGCUUCAAUAUGCGCAAAAUCACUAAAGGCAACGUCACUAUCAAGGUGUGGGACAUCGGAGGUCAGCCGAGAUUCCGGUCCAUGUGGGAGAGGUACUGCCGCGGCGUCAACGCUAUAGUGUACAUGGUUGACGCGGCCGACAGCGACAAGAUCGAGGCGUCCCGCAACGAGCUGCACAGUCUGCUCGAGAAGCAGCAGCUCACCGGCAUCCCCGUGCUCGUGCUCGGCAACAAGCGCGACCUGCCGCACGCGCUCGACGAGCACGGACUCAUCGAGCGAAUGAACCUAUCAGCAAUCCAGGACCGCGAGAUCUGUUGCUACUCGAUCUCGUGCAAGGAGAAGGAUAAUAUCGACAUCACGCUGCAGUGGCUCAUCCAGCACAGCAAGUCCGGCGCCGCGCGCUAGGCCUAGCUAUAGACCUAGGUACCGCUACAAGACCUAGGUACCGCUACUGGACCUACACCCCUGCACCUUGCACUCGAUCUGACUUUGAGACCAGUUAACGUCAGACGGCUGUAUCACAAAAUACAUUACAGAUAUAGUGUACCUAUAAUUGUGCCAUUUUCAUCCAAAAGGGUACUUCUUGUCGGUUGUCAAUAAGGCGCUAUUUCCAUAUAGCUUCAAUUUGAAGUCUACCUUAUCGGCAAGCGACAAUGUGGUACCUUUUGGUUGAAAACGUCACAAUGAGGGCUAACGCGUAUGAAUUCGCCGCUACGGGCGCUAGUGUAGAUGGUGGUCUUUUCCAUAGUUCGAAAUGUCAAAUGUCACAUGUCACUUCAAUGACUGACAACUGUUUUUUAGUCUUUUGGACCACUAUCAACAGAGACGCCAACUGGUGAGCAAAAAAACGAUAGCCCUCAUUGUUUGCUGUCGUAUUAUCUCGGAAACGUUCGUAAGCGUGUGCUAAAAUAAAUAUUGAAAACCUGAUUCUCACAGAGACUGGUGUUUUUGGGUUCUUUCAAGUCAGAAUUACUAGCAUA